AUGGGUGACCCAAUUGAGGCGAUCAAUAAGCUCGAUGGUGGCCUCCGCCAUCUCCGACUGCGUGAUGCUAACCAGCUUGUCAAGUACGAUAUCCCCGUCCGCACCGUCCCUCGUCCCGGCUUCAACACCACCGGAAAAGAAGUGGAGUUGCAGGUCAACGCCUUCCCGAUCCUCAAGUACCCUACCCGCACCGUCUACCAGUAUGAUGUCCUCGUAGGCAGCGGAAUCGAAAAGGCCAUCAUCAACAAAAAGAUCUGGGCUUCCAACGCUCGAAAGAGGGUCUUGAAGAACAUGAUCUUCGACGGUCAGAAGCUGGCGUGGUCCAUGAGCCAUUACCCGGACGGCUUCAAUGAACUGAUCGAUCUCGAUGCCGAUGCGGGACGUGCCGUCACCGGAAAAGCUGGCAAUACCUUCCGUCUAGUUGUUCGGGCCACCCGAAAGGUCGACCUGUCAGUACUUAACCACUGGCUCUCGGGCAAGACGUCCAUGCAGGAUGGGGUGCUCGAAGCCCUAAACUUUUUGGAUCACGUUCUUCGAGAACAUCCCACUGGCAAGUUCACUGCCAUCAAGCGCUCCUUCUUCGACGGACACAAGGGAGAACACACGGAUAUCGGCAACGGUGUUUUGGCUUUCAAGGGCGUGUACCAAGCCAUCCGUCCUUCGAUUAAUAAAACGUUGGUCAUCAACAUCGACGUAUCCAACACCUGUUUUUGGGCACGGAUUAGUCUGCAAGGCGCGGCAAUGGCCAUCUGCGAUGCUAGAGACCAUCAGCAUCUCCAGGCUCUGGUGACGCCCGGAGAGGAUCGCUACGGCAAUCCAACCGGCGACAACUACAUUUAUGAACUUGAUAAGCGCCUGCGCAAGCUUAUCGUGGCACCCUUCUACGAAGGCUGCCCCGUCCAGGGCCAGCCCUUCACCAUCAAGAACAUCAUCAAGGCCAAUGCGCGCACUUUCAAGAUCGACGUUCGGGAUAAAGCGACCGGGAAGACGGAGAACAUGAGCGUGGAGGCUUACUUCAAGCGCAAGUACAAUCUGAUUUUGUACAACUGGAAACUUCCCAUGGUCGAAAUGACGAAGAAAGGCGUCUACUACCCCAUGGAGAUCUUGACGAUCGUUGGCCUCCAGCGAUACCCCUGGAAGUUGAAUGAAUGGCAGACAUCUCAGAUGAUCAAGUAUGCCGCAUCUCGCCCGCAGGACAGACUGCAGACGAUUCUUCAUUGCAAGAAGAUGCUCAAUCACGCCGAGGAUCCGGUGUGCAACACCUUUGGUCUCCAUAUCGGUGACACCAUGAUUAAGACCAAAGCUCGGCUUCUGCCCAGCCCUCACAUUGUUUUUGGGAACAACCAGCGCAUUGACCCGGGCACCAGCGGCCGUUGGGACCUUCGUGGAAAGAAGUUCUAUCUGCCGAACAAGAAGCCUCUCGAGGUUUGGGGCAUUGGUUACUUCCCCGGACGACGCAACCCGAUCUCCCGGGCCAGGGUGGACGCGUUCAUCGAUGUGUUUAUGAAGACCUAUGCCGGGCAUGGUGGUCGGAUCGCCCGCCGUCCCGUCGUCGUGGAGCUCAAGGAGGACAUUGGGGAGGCUGUCAAGAAGUUGCAUGACCUGGUUGAAAAGACGAGCAACAUCAAACCCCAGCUCCUGUGCUUCAUUGUCGCGGACAAGAACUCCUUCACCUACACCCGGAUCAAAAAAUCGUGCGACUGCCGCUUUGGUGUGCCCUCCCAAGUCAUGCAGGCGGACCAUAUCAAUAAACCCAACGGGGUCAAUCCGCAGUAUGUCUCGAACGUGCUGAUGAAGAUUAACGCCAAGCUGGGAGGAGUGACCGCUCGCGUCGCGAGCAAGGUUUCUGGCGCCACUCUGCGUCCUCAGUCCAUGAUUAUCGGCGCCGAUGUGACCCAUCCUCCCAUGGGGGUCUGGUCUCCCUCCAUGGCGGCCAUUUCCGUCUGCAUGGAUUCCUUCGGAGGAAGCUACUGGGGCGCUUGCGAGGGCAACAGCGACCGGGUGGAAAUCAUUGCGCGGACCAACAUUGAGGUGAUGCUCAAGCCUCUGGUUCGCGAGUGGAUGUCGACGGUUGGUCAAGGACGCGCGCCCGACAAUGUAUAUUACUUCCGCGACGGCGUUUCGACCGGCCAAUUCGAAGCGGUGCUCAACCAGGAGGUUUUGGACAUGAAGGGUGUCUUUAUGCAACUCACCAAUAAUCAGUGGAAAGGCAAGUUCACGGUCGUCGUGGCCAACAAGCGCCACCACUUGCGAGCGUUCCCUCGGGCAAAUGAUCGCAAUUCUGCGGAUCGCAACAACAACCCGCUGCCUGGCAUUCUCAUCGAGAGAGAUAUUACCAGUGCUCAUGACUACGACUUUUUGUUGUACUCCCACAUUGCGCUUCAGGGAACCUCGCGGCCGGUUCAUUACCACGUUAUUCUGGACCAGAUUGGCCACAAGCCCCACGAAAUCCAAAACAUGAUCUACGAUCACUGUUAUCAGUACAUCAGAUCCACCACUUCGGUGUCUCUGUACCCCGCUAUUUACUAUGCCCAUCUCAUCGCCAAUCGUGCUCGUUCUCAUGAGAAUGUUCCCGCGAGCUCCGGCCCUCAGAGUGGAAACCAGGUGAAGAUCACGAACCCGAAGCCGCCCAAUCGACCCCUCGAUGCGAAGCUUCUGGCCAUUUUCAGCAGCCCCAAUCGGCUUGCUUUUACGAUGUGGUUUAUCUAA